UAGUGUGGCCUCAGCUGUGUGGUCUCCCGCGUUCUGACGAUCUCAUUCCCCCCUUCCUACUCUUUUUAAUGCUCAGUAAAAGAAGAGAAAAUGGAGAAGAAGAAGUAAAACGAAGCAAAAUCAAGGAGAAAGUGAAAAAAUCUCUUUUUUUCUCUUUCUCUGCCUUUGAUUUGCUAUUUUCUCUUGCUAACGAGCUCAAUCGUUUGAUUCCAUAAUGUCUUUUUCUAUCCUUUUGAAACCAUUUGGAGCUCUUUGAUGGAGUGGCGAGCUAGUGACUGGAGUCAGAAGGGACGCUAUAUCUGAAGCAGCAGAGUGGAAAUUUAGGGCUCCAACAGCCAAAGAAGUACCUAUCGGCGGGAUCUGCAUGUGUGACUGAGGAGGAUCAAGCCGGACGCUUGGGAUCGCUCUCCUGUGUGAUGGCGGCGGCGAAGAACACGCCGGCAACUGAUGGGAUAUCGGGAGAGUCCGGUGCCGACGGGUGCUGCCUGCAGAAGUUCAGGCUGUACGAGACCCAAUCGACAUUUUAUAUGGUUGGAAGGGACAAGGGUAGAACACUUUGGAGAGUGUUAAAGAUUGACCGAUUGGAACCUUUUGAUCUAAACAUACUUGAGGACUCUGCCAUGUACUCAGAAAAUGAAUGCAAUGAUCUGUUGAAACGCAUUCAUGAGGGAAAUAUGUCAACUGGUGGACUUAAAUUCGUUACUAGCUGCUAUGGGAUUGUUGGUUUUGUUAAGUUCUUAGGGCCAUAUUACAUGAUGCUUAUAACCAAAAGAAGGUUAAUUGGUUCUAUGUGCGGCUAUAAUGUGUAUGCUAUCACCAAAAGUGCGAUGAUUGCAGUUCCAAAUUCUACCGUGAGGUCCAAUAUGACGAUUUCUAAGAAUGAAAACAGAUACAAGAGGCUGCUGUGUACUGUGGAUCUGACAAAGGACUUCUUUUUCAGCUACUCUUAUCCUGUGAUGCGCACUCUUCAGAAGAAUUUAUGUGACUCUCAGACAGGGCAAGUAUUAUAUGAAACCAUGUUUGUCUGGAAUGAGUUCUUGACAAGAGGGAUCCGCAAUCGUCUUAAGAAUAAUGUCUGGACAGUUGCUUUAGUCUAUGGUUUUUUCAAGCAGGUAUGUGUGAUCUCUAAAUGAUUUUGUCUCACCCCAAAAGCUGCCCAAAAUUUUGGCAUGAUAACAAUAAGAUGAGGUGCCUAUAACAAAUGAAAAAAUCUAGAUAAAUCAUAUACGUCAACAAAUUAUGCAAGAAUUUCCAAAAUAAACAUAUUAGAGCUUACUGAAGUCAUUAUAUCCUCCAAACAACCUGUAAAUAUUACUACUUCUCACACAUUCU